AUGAGUCUGGAGAGGGGGUCCGACCCCCUCUCCAGCCAUAGCCGAGCUCGGUUAAACAGUCGGAGUUCAGAUCCCAUCUCGUCCAGAGCGAUCGAGCGGAAAUCCGAGCGACCUGGUGUUACGGAUAGGCGUCCACUGUAUCCGUCCCCGACAGCCACCUCCGACCUCCGACACGGUCGACGCGCCCGCGUUUCCGCGCUCCAACGGCCGCGACCGCGUGCGUUUGAGACGGCAGGUUCCGCCUGCGUUUUCAGAUCACCCACCCUGCUCUCUUCCAACUUCCAAUUCCAAGUUCCAAACGAGAUCGUGCGCGAGAUUAGGCCCCUGGAAGUGCCCUGGCACUGGGGGUACCCACUGCCCCGACGUCGAGGUCCGGCAGCGCUCGCGCCGCGGGGUUGGCCUCCCGGCCCGCGCGCCGCAGCUCCCCUAUGGGACUCGAAGAAUUCGAACGCGCAGACGGCGGAGGGGGUUAUCACUGCCAUCACCCCGCGCGUCCUCGCCUGGGGCGUACAGACGAUAACGGCCGCGCGGCGAAUCCUGGCCGGACGACAGCUGCACACGGCGAGUCUUCUGAACGGAGCGUUAACUCUAAAAAAUCUGAGCUUCACCACGGCGCUCGGCGAACAGGCCUGGGCGCUGGGCCUUGGUCGACUCUCGACGACCGCGCUUCGGGGCUCGUCGAAGGCUGCUUCUAUCUCGGGGAACGACGUCCAUACGCCGAUGCAGAUGAGAACCUCGAGAACGACGUCCGAAAAGAUGGGUUCGAAUCCUCGAGGCCUCAUGUCCCUCCACAACGGUCCCAGGCGGGUAUUCGCAGGACCGCUAUAUCUCCAAGGCACAGAAGCUUCAAUUCAAACAGAGGUGAAUAACUGUCAACGGACAAACGAGCACGCGCUGCACGCGCAUCGAUUCGCAGUGGUAAGAAUCGGGUGGGAUCAGAACAUUGGCGAGUCGCGGGCGAGUAUGAAGGAAUAUCUCAAGAGGUGGACGGCUGCCACCGCUCGAGUACUAAAGUAUGGAUCCCCGCGAACAUGGCCAAUUGCGGACUUGCCCGGCUCAAAAAUCCUCCACGGUGCUGGCGGUAAACGAAAUCGGGCGCAAAGUGCGUCCGUUUCUGGGAGCGACGGUGGUAUGGCUGGGCUCCGCCGGACGCGUUCUGACACGCCCCCCGAGUCUGGCCUGGGGACGUGUCCCGCCGGAAGGUCGAAGUAG